AUGUUGGCUACUCCUUCGUCUCACUGUAGCACAGUCUCUACUCUUUCUCUCAGACCAGAUGAAGCGGAGAUCCGUAGACCCUCAGAGCUCGAGAUGUUAUCAUCCGCCAUUUUCAUAUCAAUGCUAUAUUGGUUCGAUAAGGAUGCGAAUCAUAGGAAGGAAAGUUGUGUUUGUACUGUGAAGCUCUUGAAACAUAAGACGAUAUGUGCUUAUGCGGAGUGUGUGUCUGUUUGUUUUUCACCAAGGGCGACCUUAAGGAAGUGUGCAAGGAGGUUGCCAAGUACAAGGUACCAAGGGUCAACUUCCUCUAAUGAAAGAAAGAGAUCUCACACUCACAAGACUACAUUGAGCAAUUUGAGAUCAAUUGUGAAAGAUUUGGAUGCAAAGGUGAAUCAUAUGUUACCGACUGCUACACCUACAUCUUCAACUGCGUCAGCAAAUGCAAAUGAACAUGCUCGUUCACGGAGCACAGUUCGCCUCAUCCACAUGGACUGUCAAAUAUCACGAGCCACGACCUAG